CAUCUUUAUACAAAUCAGUAUUUGGAACCUUCUAUGCUACUAUUAUUUCUUGCUGGGUUGUUAGCGAAAUAUUAAUUGCAAUCCGAUACAGUAGCUAGCUAUCUGAUUAGCCAGUACAGAGUAUGUGAUAUAAUUAUCGUUAGCUUGCUACUGUUGCUUGACCAGCAAACACGGUGUGAUGUAAAGUAAAUACAAAAAGUUAUCAAAGCUAGGCAACUGUCUGUAAUGUCAUUUGAUCAUUUUUGUUGUGAAAUUUCGACGAGACUGAUCAGUGGAGUGUCGACAACAGAUGUGUUGCUAGUUAAUUUACUUUAUCUACCUGUUGGUAUUGUUGUCGAUGGUAAACCCACAAUCCCCACAACUAGCUAUUUACACGCAAAAGCGUUUAGGCCUGUUAUUAAAGUUAUAGCUAGCAAAGCAGAACUUUCAAUUAUUUACAAGCUGUGGUUAGCAGAACAGAUUUUUGCUAAAAUGUUUCUUAGAUGCACACAACAAGCCCUAAGAUGACAUCCCUCUCUGAAAUUCACAUUAUUUGAUCAACACAAAGAAUAAACCUGUUCACAUCCUGCAUGGUUCCACCACAGCUCAAGAUGAUGAGCUUUGUCCUCCUGAGGAGCUGAAGCACUGGAGCUUGCCUGGCCCUGAACAUGAGUUCUCCAGAGGACAGUUCUUCCUCUUCCACACAGAAGACCUCGGUUUGGGCCAACCAGCAAACAGCCACUCCACAGCUGGGAGUUAGCCUUCCGUCUCCCACACACUGCUUUGGGGAUGGAGAACGAACAAGCUCUGCUAACCCAGCUGAAACACCCAUUUCAACCAACCCUGCAACCCCAUCUGAAACACGAGUUUCAACCAACCCUUCUAGCCCAUCUCAAACACUUGUUUCACCCCAAAAAAAGAGGACAGCAGAGAAAGGAACCUUUGAUGCGUCACAGCCACAGGGUGAACGUCGCAAGAGGGGGAGGCCACGCAAACACAAGACACUCCAGACUGACACAGAACACCAUAUCCAUCAGGCCCAGUCCCCGACAGCUACACAUCCAUGUUUACAGCCAGAGGACCAAACAGAGGCUGUGACACUGACACCCGUCUUACCUGUGAUACCAGAGGACAGGUGUCAGUCACCUGAUGCCCAAACAAAGGUUGAGACACAGCUCCAGUCACCCAGCUCACCUGUGCCUGAGGAUAAGUGCCAGUCACCUGAGGCCACCUUUGAACCACCGUGCCCCACCUUGGAUUUACAGAGCGCCAACAAGGGACAGAGUAAGAAGUGGCCCCAUCUCUCCAGUGCUUCUGUAGGACAAGGAGACCUAACAGGCCAUAAUGUUCUAACCACUGGUGGAUACACAAACUCACAGGCCAGGGGGAUGGGGGCUGAACCCAGCCAGAAUGACAGUAUCACUGCCACUGGGAUAUUUUUAAGCAAAUGUGCCAAAGAGCAAAGGACUCUGUGCCAGUCACCACAGAAUCUGAAAGAUGGGAGAAAGGCGGCUAAAAAAUCACAAAUUCAUAAGGUCGACCAGCCACAGGAGAGUGAGGCUGUGACAAAUGGGGGAAAAACAUCUAAACCCCUACCGACUAUUAAGGUAGGACAGGAGAAUUGCCUGACACAAAAGACUGGGCGAAAAAGGAAAUAUACCAAAAAAUCACAGAGCCAUAAGGUAGACCAGUCACAGGAGAGUGAGACACUGAGAAAUGGGAAAAAGACAUCUAUAAAAUCACCAACCCAUAAGAUAGACUGGUCACAGGAGACGGUGAGAAAGAGGACAUAUACAAAAAAAUCUCAGACCCCUAAGGUUGACCAAUCACAGGAGGAGUCUGUAAAGAAAGAGGGCUCUAAAAUAUCUCCAACCCAUAAGGGAGAGCAGUCACAAGAGAUGGUAAUAAAGAGGAAAUAUACAAAAAAAUCUCUGACCCCUAAGGUUGACCAGUCACAGGAGGAGUCUGUAAAGAAAGAGGGCUCUAAAAUAUCUCCAACCCAUAAGGGAGAGCAGUCACAAGAGAUGGUAAUAAAGAGGAAAUAUACAAAAAAAACACAGAGCCAUAAGGGAGACAAGCCACAGGAGACUGUGAGAAAUGGGAAAAAGACAACUACGAAAUCACCAACCCACCAGGUAGACCACUCACAAGAAACUGUGAAAAAGAGGAAAUAUACAAAGAAAUCACAGACCCAGGAGACUGACCAGUCACAGGAGGAGACUGGAAAAAAUGCAUCUAUGAAAUCACUGACGAAUAAGGUAAACAAGGUGGCAUCAAAAAAAUCACAAAGCCAUACGGUAGAACAGUCACUGGGGAUUGAACAAUCACAAGAGACUGUGAGAAAGAGGAACUACACAAAGAAAUCACAGAGGCAUAAGGAGGACUCGCAUGAGACUGUGAGAAAUGGGGAAAAGACAUCCAAAAAAUCACAGAAGCAUAAGGUAGAGUUACGAGACACGAAACAGUCACAGGAGGAGACUGUAAAAAAUAGGAAAUAUACUAAGAAAUCAAAGACCCACAAGGUAGACUCAGGAGUCCUCUCCUUACUCCCUGUGUUAUCUGCAGACCUCUCCCUCAACCUUUCCUCUCCCACAUGCAGCCCUCCUGCGCUUCCAAAGAGAAAAUAUACAAAAAAAGUAAAGACCCUCAAGGUAGACUCAGAUGUCCCAUCCUCACUCAUUGUACUGUCUGCAGACCUCUCCUCCAGCCUUCAGAGUAGCCUCUCUCCUACUCUCAGCCCUUCUGGCAUCCGCUUCACACCUAAGAGAGUCAGAGGCAGACCUCAGCGGGUACAGCAGCAGCUCUUUCUUAGCUCCACGCCAGGCCCUCACCCCGGAUCCUCCACAGGAACAGACAACCCCUUCUCUGCCUCCCUGUCUCACCUGGGACUGGGCUCCAAGACAGAGGGCCCUCAGAACGCCUCACCCAUCACCCCCUGGAAGCUGUUGGAACUAAGCCCUCUGGAGAAGACACACUUAGCUUUACCCGGUAGUAAACCUCGGGGUAGACCCAGAGUUAGGCCAAGGAAGAACUCGGCUACAGUGAAGGGAGUGAAGAAGAAGGUGAAGCCUGCAGCAGAGGGAAGGUCCCAUACCUUCAGCUCUGAGGAAGGCCCCCCAGCCAAACUCAGACGUAGAAGCAGGAGGGGCCAGACAGCAGAGGGAGCUGGUCUGCAGAGCGGUGACACGACCAGCACUGAGCCACUCCAACGCUGCAGACCAAGGUUUGAGCUGCAGGAGUCAGACUCACCAGACGAAGACACAGGAGAUGCCUCCCUGUCCUCAGACCUCUCCAUCGAGUUAAGCGUACAUGAAGACCGUGUGACAUCACUGACUCUUGAAGAGGAGGAAGAGCAAGACGACGAGGAAGAUCUGCCCAGUUUCUUAAAUAACACAAAGCCACUGUCCAUAACAGAAGGAAUAUGUGUUUGGUGCAAAUUUAGAAACUAUCCUUUCUGGCCGGCAAUGGUGAAGAGUGUGAACCGUAAGCUGAAGAAAGCCAGCAUUGUGUUUAUUGACGACCUGCUGUUUGACAAAAAGAGGAUACGAAAAGGCUUUUCUGUGUCCCUAAAAACAUUGAAGCCUUUUGACUGUGAAGAGGCUGAUCAGCUAGUGUGUAAAGCCAGAGAGAAGUAUGAUGCUGCCAUCAAAUGGUGUCUGGCGUUGAUAGCCGACUAUAGAAUCCGUAUCGGAUGCGGCUUCACCGGUUCCUUCAUUGAAUACUUUUCUGAUGACAUAAGCUGCCCAGUGAGAAGGUGCUACCCCCAGGGCACCUCAGACCUGACCUUCCCCAGUAAGCUAAUUCUGGAGGAGCAGUACGUAACCUCUGACCCGGAAGGGGAAAAUCAGGAGGGUAGCAAACGGCAGGAGGAAGAGAGGAGGAGGAAGCUGCUGCCUGACCGUUCCAAGGCUGCACGUAACCGUGCCAACGAGAAACUGGUGGACUUCGUCGUCAGGCAGCGCCGGGUGGAGACACGCCUUCUAGGCGUAAUCAGUGGUCAGCAGCAGUCUAAGUGGCUGCGUUGGUUCCUGGCGGCCAGUCGGUCAGUUGUGGACACGUACCUGGAGGACGAGGAGCAGCUGGACCAGGUGUACCAGUACCUGAGAGGGGUGUACGAGACCGCCCCCCUCACCGCACCCUGUCUGGCCGAUGUAGACCGCAUCCGCUUGGUACUGGACGUGCUGCUACCAGAGGCUAUUAUCUAUGCCAUAGCUGGAGUGGACGAGUUGUCUCUGGUGAAGGCAGAAGACAAAUACCUGAAAGGGCCCUGUCUGAGUAAAAGGGAAAGAGAGGAGUUCGAUGCGAUGAUCGAGCAGCAGAUGAAGAUGAAAGCGUCGAUCCGUCAGCGUCCUGCACACUGAACAUAACACAGCCUGCUUGGCUUCCAACCCUCAGACUAAGAGGGCCAUAGGGCUCUGGUCAAAAGUAGUUUGAAUAGUGCCAUUUGGCAUGCGGCCUCAGAAUGCCAGUGUCCUAAUCAAACGAUGCUUCUAAGCAUUAUAGGACAGUAAAUAAGUGAGUAGCCUUGUCCAAGCAAGAACAGCCAGUAAGGUAGAAGCCUUUUUCUGUACCGUGAAGCAGCUUGAUAUACAAGUACACCCUCUGGCCAGGACGCUGGUCUAUCGCAGACAAUAAGAACCAGAUAUAACUGUCUCUAAAUGUGGCUCUGAGGACAAUCAACUGCUGCUGUACAUGCUAGCAGUGGUGUGACUUAACAAAACUACAUUGAAUUACCAAGUUAAUCAAAUCAUUGUCAAAUCAACUGAAAUCAUCUGUGAUCGGACUGGUCAAGAUUUACAGCUUCCACACGGAACUCCUGGGAGGGUGGGACCUGGUAUCAUUCAGACAGACUUACGCCGCUGGUUGAAACUGGGACUUCAUUUUAGACCCACUGCAAUAGUAUUUGAUCCAACAUGGUCGCCCGUCUAGGCUGUUCAACUGUAAAUUCAGGACAUUAAAGAAGACACUGCUCUAUUUUUCUAUGGAAAAGUCUGCUCUUUUUUAAAAUAAAUAGUCAUAUUUGAA